GUCAGCGCCGUGUACCUGGUGCGUCACCUCGAGACACGGCAGCGCUUCGCCAUGAAGAAGAUCAACAAGCAAAACCUGAUCCUGAGGAACCAAAUCCAGCAGGCGUUCGUGGAGAGAGACAUCCUCACCUUCGCAGAGAAUCCGUUUGUCGUCUCCAUGUUCUGUUCGUUCGAAACCCGCCGACACCUCUGCAUGGUCAUGGAGUACGUGGAAGGAGGAGACUGUGCCACUCUGCUGAAGAACAUCGGAGCUCUGCCUGUGGAGAUGGCACGAAUGUACUUCGCAGAAACCGUCCUCGCUCUGGAGUACUUACACAACUAUGGCAUUGUGCACCGUGACCUCAAGCCCGACAACCUCUUGAUCACCUCGAUGGGACACAUCAAGCUGACGGACUUCGGCCUGUCUAAGAUGGGACUGAUGAGUCUCACCACCAACUUGUAUGAAGGACACAUCGAGAAGGAUACCCGGGAGUUCCUGGAUAAACAGGUGUGUGGAACUCCGGAGUACAUCGCCCCCGAAGUUAUUCUUCGUCAAGGUUACGGGAAGCCGGUGGACUGGUGGGCUAUGGGCAUCAUCCUGUACGAGUUCCUGGUGGGCCUUGUGCCUUUCUUUGGAGACACCCCAGAGGAGCUGUUUGGACAAGUCAUCACAGACGACAUAGUUUGGCCUGAAGGGGACGAGGCUCUCCCUCUCGAUGCCCAGCACCUGAUCUCCUCGCUCCUGCAGACGAAUCCGCUGGUUCGCCUGGGCACAGGUGGUACUUUUGAAGUGAAGCAGCACUCGUUCUUCACGGAGGUGGACUGGAACAGCCUGCUGAGACAGAAGGCCGAGUUCAUCCCUCACCUGGAGUCAGAGGAGGACACCAGUUAUUUCGACACUCGCUCUGAGCGAUAUCACCACGUGCAGUCGUACGAUGAAGAUGAUACCAACGACGAUGAGCCUGUGGAGAUUCACCGCUUCUCCUCCUGCUCCCCUCGCUUCAGCAAGGUGUACAGCAGUAUGGAGCAUCUGUCCCAGCUGGAGCACAAACCCCAUGGUGUGACUCUACGGGAGCACAAGGUCCCCAGGGAGGAGCGAAUGGCCAAGAGAGAAAGUCUGGGAAGCGUCACGCUCAGGGACAAGAGCUGGAGGACUGGAUCACCUGAGAUGAAGCGUUUGUCCUGCUCUGAAACCUCCUUCACCGAGAGUGACUCCAGUCCACCGUCUGGGACACGUAGACGUUUCUCUGCCCUCAUGGAUACUCACCGCCUGGCCUCCCCUCUGGAAGUUGACUCCGAGCUGCUCGUCUCCUGCAGGCAGUCGACAGUGAAGGCGAGGGGAAGCUCCCUGGAAGGAGCCAUGGCUGCCAUCUCCUCUCAAGGCGAUCUGAGAGCCUACCUGAAAGACAGCAACGGGUUCACAGCUGGAGGCAGCGCUACUGUUCUGGGGCUUCCGGAUGCCCAGGGGCCCCGCGGGGCCACCACUGACCUGGUGCUGCGGCGAGUUCGCCACCACCAGCUCACGGCCGAGGGAGAAAAACGCCACUCACAGCCAGGAACCAAAGUUAUCAAGUCUGCCUCUGCCACGGCUCUGUCUGUCAUCAUUCCUGCAGUGGAGCAGCACGGUGCGUCCCCUCUGGCGAGCCCCAUGUCUCCUCGCUCCCUCUCCUCCAACCCCUCGUCCCGUGACUCCUCUCCAAGCAGAGACUUCUCUCCGAUGGUCAACGUCCAACAUUCUCCGAUCACCAUCCAUCGCUCAGGGAAGAAGUACGGCUUCACUCUCCGAGCCAUCCGAGUUUACAUGGGAGACAGUGACGUCUACAGCGUGCAUCACAUGGUCUGGCAUGUGGAGGAUGGAGGUCCGGCCCAGGAUGCUGGACUUCGUGCUGGUGACCUGAUCACUCAUGUGAACGGGGAGUCGGUCCACGGUCUGGUUCACACAGAGGUGGUGGAGCUCAUCCUCAAGAGCGGAAAUAAAGUGACGGUUACAACUACUCCCUUUGAGAACACCUCGAUAAAAGUGGGUCCCGCCCGCAAGUCCAGUUAUAAAUGUAAGAUGGCGCGGCGAAGCAAGAGGACCGGGGCCAAGGAGGGACAGGAGAAGAAGCGCAGCUCCCUCUUCAGGAAAAUCACCAAACAGUCGAAUCUGCUCCACACCAGCCGAAGCCUCUCCUCUUUGAAUCGCUCGCUGUCGUCUGGAGACAGUCUCCCCGGCUCCCCCACCCACAGCCUCUCCGCCCGCUCGCCCACUCAGACUUACCGCUCCACCCUGGAAUCCUCUUACCCGGGCAACUCCUCCCAGAGCAGCUCCCCAGCGACCAGCACCCCGAACUCCCCCGCAGCCUCUCACCACAUGAGGCCCAGCUCCCUUCACGGUCUGAGUCCCAAGCUCCACCGCCAGUACCGCUCCGCACGCUGCAAAUCAGCCGGCAACAUCCCCCUGUCCCCUCUGGCUCACACUCCCUCCCCGACCACCUCCUCCCCUCCGCCUCUCACCGGCCACACGGUGGGGAGUUCCAACACCACACAGAUGUUUCCCGUCAAGCUGCACUCCUCCCCUCCUGUCGCCCGCCCUCGUCCCAAGAGCGCAGAGCCGCCCAGAUCCCCUCUGCUGCAGCGGGUGCAGUCUGCAGAGAAGCUCGGAGGGCCGAUUCUGCCUUCCUCCUCUUCAUCAUCAUCGUCGCCUUCUCCUCUGACAGGCGGGGUAUCUUUACGCAAGCAUAGCCUGGAGGUGACGCACGGGGACUACAGGAGAGAGUCCUUCCACUGUGAGCACAGCCUGCAAAGUCUGUUAGAGAUGGAGGGAGAGAACGGACCUGCUCCACCCUCCCCUUCAUCAUCUUCCUCCCCUUCUCCUCCCAUGGGGGAGAUCGGAGUCCUAAAGCCUGGGAGAAGGCUGGGGAGACAGGAAUCACCGCUCAGCCGUGACACACUGAUGACAGCCAGGGAUAAAGAUACUCAAACCACAGCAUCUGAGACAGGGAGCGUAGCUACUAAAGCUGAGUCCAAAACCAAAGUUGUCGACUCUAGCAAGACAUCGUCCGCUGCUGUGGUUCUAAAAAGUAACGUUAGUGCAGCUGCUGCGGAGACCAAGUCUAAACCAGCACCGGUUUCAUCCACUGCAGAGACCAAACCGGGCCCCGGGGACAAACCUCCAAGUGCUUCAGCUUCGGACGCAACUGUCCCCAAGAGUAAACUCAGCGAGAAAAUCUCAACCCCGGGAACAACAAAGAUCGUCCAACAGCAGGUGAGCAAGCAGCCGACAGACGGCGGAGCUGGAACCAAAGCUCAGGAGAAGACUGAGGAGAAAGUGAAAGCUGAAAAACUUCCUGCACAGAGAUCCUCGUCUUCAGAGCAGUCCAAGACACGAAAAGGCUCCGAGACAGGAGAGAGAGGAGGCAUCAGCGGCUGCGAUAAAGCAUCUGAGACGACUAAGGUCAAAGGUCCUGCACCUCCUGUUCCCACUUCAGUUCCAGCCCGCGCUGCAGCUCAUGCGCCGGCUGCUGCCAGAUCCAAAGCAGAGAAGGUAUCGAGCCGUUACUGUGGCGCAAAGGAGGAGAGGGCGCACUUGGAGGUCCUGGAGGAGAAUCCCAUGUCGCCCUCCUCUAACGCAGCCUCCCCCUGCUCGAGCAAGUCCCGCCCCAUGUCUCCGGGGGACAAAGCCAGCUUUGUCACCCAGCUGACGAGUGUGGCCAAAACGGUGCUCGGGCCCAUGAAGGUAGGAUCGCAAGAUGGAGGCAAGAUCAAAGACGCCUCCAAGACGGGCGAGGAGAAGCGGGGAAGCACAGCGGGAAGAGCAGAGGCUGCGACCGGGGGGGGACGCCGCGGGGCUCAGACGGGAUCCUCCGCCAGCGGCGGCGGCACGGUCCAGUCCGAUCGAGGAACCAGUCGGAGCUCCAAGCAUCAUUCGUGAUAAGGGUCGGAAAGAGUCAGACUCUCCCAUGUAAUGCCUUUAACUGUAGCAUCGUACUGACAUAUCAUGAAUCAACGUGACCUGGAAAGAAGAGGAGACACAAACGCCUGAAGAAAUAACACAUGUGACCUGUGGACUCAUGUGAACAGAGAUGCAUCAGCUACUGUUGGAAGAUGUGUGCACGUGGUAUCAUAAUGUCAGCCUGUGUGUGCACUGUAUGUCCAUCCCCAUGUCUUGUAUAUAGGUUAGAAAAACGUUUAUGUCUCAACGCAUGUCUUACUCGUGGAAAAAUGAAAGCAUAUUUAAAAAAGAAGGUGAAAAAUGUAAAGCAGACCUUGAGGUAGUGAACACUGUGAACAACAUUUCAAACGACCACAGCAACCAAACCGUCAGCUGCACGUCAACGAGCAGGAUUCUGUUAGAAAUGGGCAUUACUCAUAUUUCAGAUCAGCUCCAGUGCCGUCAUUUAGUUCAUUCUGUGUUUCCUUAAACUUAAGUCGCUAAAAGGGACGAGAUUGAUCUCGUGUCAUGCGGUGAACAACAAACAAACUGGAACAAAACGCUAGCAGUGAUGGAACCCGAGGGCGAACCAGCCGGUUUUGCAUCAGAUCAGAGUUUAAGGGCUGAAUCCCGUCUGGGAUUGAAAGAGGUCGAUUAGAUGAACUUGCACAGGGACGCUAUGCAAUCUGCUUAUCACGCCAGUUUCCUUUGGUGUCCCCCGAUUACUAAGUUUACAUUGUGUGUCAGACAGGAGGAGAGAGACGUGAGGGUCGCAAUAAGUCGAGCAUUUUUAAAGUUGUCUCCACUGAUCGUAGUGAAACGUGUAAUUACGCUGGGCUGUAUAUCGUAGGUAUCGUACGAUUACAUGAAUACAUGAGUCCGAUCAAAGUGUGAGAGCAGCAGUCACAGCAGAGUCGCUCUUUUAUCCACUCUUUUCUAUUUAUGCAGUUUAUUGUUACUUGUGAAGGAAAGUGCCAGUGUUUUUAUUUACUAGCGAUAAUGUGAUUUAUUUUUAGUUUUUUUAUUCUAAUGUGUAAUAAUAUGCAACCCAUCCGUGCCCAGUUCCACAGAGCCGAGCACGCCUGACACAGCAGUCGACUGAGCACCGAGCCAGGAGCAGAUUUUUUGUCGAGAGCGUCUUCGUGCUGACGUCUCGUUCGUUCUCGUGUGUUACAGAAAAAUCCUCCUGACAUGUUUGGGACAGAAGAGUCAGAGCUGUCUGAGACUGCCACCUUGUGGGCGUUAUCAGAAGGUCCUGAGGAACAAAAAUAGAUAGUUUACAUCCAAUGAGACGUCUGAUAACUCCGCCUGUGGAUCUUUGCAUUUCAUACUUCAUGAGUCUGAUGCAUCGUCGUUCUGUUAACAAACACAUUUUGCAGCCCGAGCUCGAACACUCUUUAUCUUAUCACCCAGUGGACACCAGUGAUUUUUGUGUGUGAUGUGACAAACUUGCACUUUAUUUUUGUGACAGAUACUUUUAAUUUACUUGUGUUACAUAUUUAUUUUAAUUAUUUUUCUAUUUAUUAAACCUUUUUUUAUUUAUUCAAAUGUUUUUACGCGUCAUGAGGUAGGGAAUUUCUGUUCUACCACUGAAAUUAGUUAUUUAUGAAUUUAGCAUCUGGUGAGAAUCUACCAAAUCUGUGUGGCUGCCUCAUUCUGUGCAGUUUAGACUCAUUUGUCAUUGUCUCAUAUGUCAUUCCAUAAAUCUGACAUUGUAACAUUGCUGUCCUGUCCAUCUCUGUCCAAGUGUUUGACUUUUUUACAGCUGCAACUCUCUCCCUGACUCUUGUUGUUCGUUACAUCGCUACAGAUUUAUUAGCCACCGUUGUGAAAAACUGAUGCAAAAAAGCCUACAGUGCAGAAAUGUAAUAAAAUGCAGCGAAA